GAUGUGAUCAAAGUCAUGAUUACAACAGACAACCAUAUCGGUUACAUGGAAAAUGAUCCGGUCCGAGGUCAAGAUGCCAUCAACAGCUUCCGGGAAGCGCUCGAGAUUGCAAAAGAGGAGCAGGUGGACAUGAUCUUGUUAGGAGGAGACCUCUUCCACGAUAAUAAACCCAGCAGGAACACACUGCACCAGGUUAUGGCUGCGCUCAGGGAGCAUACACUCGGAGACAAUCCAUUGCCACUCGAAUACAUCAGCGAUCCGUUCGACAAUGCACUUGGCAACUACAGCUUUGGGGCGGUGAAUUACGAAGAUGGGAAUUUUAACGUCGCCAUCCCAGUCUUCUCCAUACACGGAAACCAUGACGACCCACAAGGGCUUGGCCCAGAUGGUGCGCUUUCCGCACUAGACAUCCUCGCAACGGCAGGGUUGAUCAAUUACUUUGGUAAGACAAACCUGGUCGUCGGACGCAAUGGCCCCCAAAAUAGCUCUGACAGGGACAUCAAGAUUCGUCCUGCGCUUCUACAAAAGGGGACUACCAAGCUUGCGCUGUACGGCUUGGGCAACCUGCACGAUGAACGCCUGGCGAUGGAGCUACGCAUGCGCAGAGUCAGGAUGUAUCAGCCGGUGGAGGAUCGGGAUGAAUACUUUCAUAUGCUGGCAUUGCAUCAGAACAGAGUGGGGCACAAUCCCAAAGCAGUCGUUCCGGAAGGCAUCUUCGACGAUUCGCUGCAUCUGCUCAUCUGGGGCCACGAGCAUGAAGAACGUGCUGAUCCAGAGCAAGUUCCCGAUAAGCCAUAUCGCAUCUGUCAGCCUGGCUCAACGGUGGUUACUGCUCUAAGCAAGGGCGAGGACAAGCCCAAGUGCGUCGUCAUCCUCAAGAUCCACGGGAGAGAUUACGAGGUGACAAAGCGAGAACUCAAAAGUGUCAGACCGUUCAUCAUCGAGGAUCUCGACCUAGAACAGGAGAUAUGUGAGAGGGGCAUCGCACGGUUGGACAAUGACAAGUCCAAAUUCGAGAUCCAAAGGAUGCUGGAGAACAAAAUCACCGGCCUGAUUGACCGCGCACGGGAUCAGUGGAAAGCGAAGUACGAACAUUUGCCCCAAGAACAUGUUCCAGACAUGCCACUCCCUCUUAUCCGUCUGCGUGUCAACUAUGAGAAGCACGAGGUCGGCAACCUAGCACGCUUCGGCCAGAAGUUCGUCGGGCAGGUCGCCAAUCCAAAAGAUCUGCUAGGCUUCAACAAAAAGCGUGCGGCGAUCAGACGUGCUCGUGAGCUUGCAUAUCUCGGGGACCAUCCGGAGUUUGUCGACGUGGAUGUAGACAUGGACGACAUGGUCGUUUCGGAGCGGCUGCAGAAGCUGGAUCUGGGAAAGAUCGUUGGCGAAGUCAUUCGCAAUCAAGAACUAGAGUGUUUACCCGGUGCAACUCUUGACGAGGCAGUGAUGCAAUUCGUAGAAAAGGACUCGUGA